GGCGUUGCAAUGUUAUGCGCAGCUUCGAACCAUGCUGUGAACCGUCUUCAGUGUUCAAUCUAACACGAACCUGGUUCUAGUAAAAGUUUCUUGAGCAGGUGUUUGUUCUACGUUUACGGUAUUCAACAUGGGCGGCAAUCGGCGCACUACCGGUAUCGAUAGUCCUUCCGACUGCGCCAAGCUCACCCAAGCGUACCCUAUCAUAUCACAUCUUGUCGGAAAUCCUGCGAUACAAUGAGCAUAGGACUUUGCCUUUUAAAGCGUGGAUACAGACUUGGCAAAGAACUUACCGAACUUCCAUUCCCAACAUGAACAGGAGCACCUUUGUGUACCAGUCUAUGCGUAUGUUGUGCGCUACUCCGGACUUUGGGGCCCAGCUGUUCGAACUCCUCACUCCUUUGGACCUAAGCGCCUUGCUAUAUGCGUUCAAUAUUUCUAUCACCAAGAUGCAGUCCCGG